AUGGUUACUUCAUCCUCAAUUACAAUUUUAAAAAUCAAAUUUCUAACAAAUCAUCACGUUUCAAGUCCAAAAAUUACUACUACCAUCAUCUUCCACUACCGCUAUUGCCUUCCACUACCACUACCUCCUUUCACCGCCGGCACCACAGCCUUCCCCCAAAACCACUGCCUUCCGCCACCGCCACUUCCUUCCACCGCCACCACCUUCCACCGCUGCUAUUGCCCCAACACCACUGCUUUCCCCUACCAGCACCUCCUUCCACCGCCUUCCACUACUGCUAUUGCCUUCCCCCAACACCUCCGCCUUCCACCACCACCACCUUCUUUCACCACCGCCACCACUGCCUUCUCCCAACACCAUCGCCUUUCGCCAUCACCACCUCUUUCCACCACCACCGCCACCGCCUUCUACUGCUGCUAUUGCCUUCCGCCACCACCACCUCCUUCCACCGUCACCGCCUUCCACUUCUGGUAUCGCCUUCCACCACUACCACCUCUUUUCACCGCCGUCUUCCCAAAACACCACCACCAUCACCGUCUUUUGCACCUUCCACUGCCUUCCACCACCACUGUUUAG